AUGCCAGAAGCUAGAAAAAAGAUGGGAAUAGUAGAACAUCGAGGUCUUAUUUACAUUAUUGGUGGAUAUACGUACACUUACAAUCCCCUGCAUGAUCUUCUCUCAUACAAUCCUGUGACUGGGGAGUGGAAGAAUCUAGCACCAAUGCUAGGUCCACCAUCUAAGACGAUAGGCGUUGCAGUUUUAGAUAACUUUUUUGGAUAUAUGGACUUUUACAACCCCAUGCAUGAUCUUCUCUCAUACAAUCCUGUAACUGGGGAGUGGAGAGCACUAGCAGGACGUGCUCCACCUCGCUACAACUACAUGGGUGUUGCAGUUUUGAAUAACUUUUUGUAUUUAGUGGGUGGCCUUCUUUUUAAUGAAGAAGCGGAAAAAUCACUAGAAAGAUAUUCUUUUGAACAGGAAGAUGAUUGGACUGGGAUAUCUUCUAUGGUGACCCCACGAUGUCAUUUUGGAUUAUGUGCUCAUGAAGGUUACCUCUAUGCCUUCGGUGGUAGGACGAAGGGAUGUGAUUACAUAUCCCCAAAUAUUGAAAGAUAUGAUCCUUUUGCAGAUGAGUGGAGAUUAUUAGAGUCAAAUAUGCCAAAAGUUAUAUCCCA